AUGGAGCGUGGGAAUGCCACCAUGAGGGUGAAAGAGUUUGUAUUGUUGGGUCUCUCACAGAGAAGGGAGAUCCAACUCUUCCUCUUUGUCUUAUUCCUUGUCUUUGACUCCCUCAUCUUGCCUGUGAACAUCCUCAUCAUUGUGACCAUAUGGAGCAACCCUCGCCUGGGGUCCCCCAUGUUCUUCUUCUUGGGCAACCUAGCUUUCUUAGACCUGUGCUACUGUUCAGUCACCCCACCCAAAAUGCUGGCUGACCUAUACUCUCGUCGGAAAGCCAUCUCCUACUGGGGCUGCAUGUCCCAGAUUUUUUUCCUUCACUGGUUGGGAGCAGCUGAAUUCCUCCUCCUGAUAGGCAUGGCAUUUGACCGCUAUGUGGCUAUCUGCCAUCCUCUUCGUUAUGGCAAUGUUGUGAGCAAAGGCGUCUGCCUGGGCCUGGUUGCUACUGUGUGGCUUCUUGGCUUGGUCCAUUCUUUGAUCCAGUUCAUCCCCAUUAUACACCUUCCAUUCUGUGGCCCAAACAAACUUGACAACUUCUUCUGUGACAUCAACCAGAUCAUCAAGCUGGCUUGCACUGACACCUACACUUUAGAGUUUGUCAUGUUCUUCAACAGUGGCUUGGCUACCUUGAUGUGCUUCAUUCUUCUCCUCAUCUCCUAUGGGGCUCUGCUGGCCAAGGUGAAGUCCAGUGCCAAAAAAGGAAAGAGCAAAACAGCCUCCACUUGUGUCACCCACAUCAUCAUUGUUUUCAUCAUGUUUGCUCCUGCCAUCUAUAUGUACUGCCGACCUUUCCAAGCCUUCCCACUAGAUAAAGUGGUGGCCAUCUUCCACACUGUAGUCUUCCCACUGAUGAACCCCAUGAUAUACACCCUGAGGAAUAAUGAAAUCAAGCUUGCCAUCUGGAAAAUGAUCAUCAGAAACAAGGUCUGGGUUGAGAAGUGA